GCUCCUCCGCGGCAGAUGCGCCGAGGCUCUGACGCCCAGCUCGCCCCGGCGGCGGGAGGGAGAUGCUCGCCCAGACCGCCACUUCUGCGUGAGGAAGCAUAAGGCAUCAUGGUGAGUAAGGAGCCCAGCAAAUGCUUACUCACCGCCUCGGACAGUGACGUCGAGCCAGCGGCUUCCCUGGCCUUGGAGAUGAAAUACGCGCUGGAUCCCAACCGGCAGAUCAAGAAACGGAACAAAGCCCUGCAGGUGAGGUUUAAGGAUAUCUGCGAGGCCCAGAACGAGCAGAGGGACAAGCAGCUCUCCACCUCCACCGCCAGCACGCAGGACCCCGACAAGAGGGACGCCAAGGCCAUCGCCUACAAGACGGCGUAUCGCAAGUACAUGACGGUGCCCGCCCGCAGGUCCAUCCCCAACGUCACCAAGAGCACAGGAGUUCAGACUUCCCCCGAUCUCAAAAAGUGCUACCAGACCUUCCCUCUGGACCGGAAAAAAGGGAAUAUUCUUAAAAGCGCCUCGACCGUGGACACCUUGCAGGGCGAGAACAACGGGUUUCUGAUCGAUGUGAAGGACAGGGAGGGCCGGGGCUCGGCGGAGGCCGUUCCGUGGGGCAGGAAGGCCGGCAGCCUGCAGACGGCCGAGUUCAUCUCCCACGUCUCGGAGCGCGCCAACGCGGGCGCGCACGACGACGGCGCCGAGGCCUGGAAAAGCAGCGAUUUGCACAGUUCUCCCAAAGAGCCGCCUCCUCCUCCCCUCCCGAACUUGGCCGACCCCGCCGAGGACGAGCCCGCGCGGCCGCCCAGCCGGGGGAGAGCGGCGGCGGCGCGGCUGAGCGGCGAGGAGGCCGCCCAGCCCCUCCACCACGGGAGGGUCUUCAAGACUGAGGUGGCCACCGUUUACCUGCCGGCCUCGCAGCCCGACCUGCCCAACCUCGGCGACUGGUCGCCGUGUGCCGAGGAGGACAGGAGGAGGACGGUGCACCUGAACGGUGUCCAGCCCGCGGCGGGCGAUGCCGGGGCGUGCGCGGCGCGGGCGCGGUGCCCGGCCACCGAAUGUAAUGACCAGCCCCUGCAGGUCAACGUCUCGCCCGUGGAGGAGGGCCGGCCCUGCCAGGCGGCCGUGGCCCUGAGCGAGGAAUGCCAACAAAUCGUGCCUCACACCGAAGUUGUGGACUUGAAAGCGCAGCUUCAGAUGAUGGAAAGCUUGAUCAGCUCCAGUCAGGAAACCAUAAAGGUGUUGUUGGGUGUUAUACAGGAGCUCGAGAAAGGAGAAGCUCACAGAGAAGGGCUUUCGUAUCGGACUGGUCAGGACACGGCGAACUGCGACACGUGCAGGAACAGUGCAUGUAUUAUCUACAGCGUGGAAUUGGAUUUUAAACAGCAAGAAGACAAACUACAGCCAGUUUUGAGAAAACUUCAUCCCAUUGAGGAAACUCAGGUUGCACCUUUGCCUUAUUCUCAGGAGAGCUACUCCUCUACUCCCAAGCAAAAAUCCAAAACUGAAUCAAAAAAGCAUGGAAGAUGGAAACUCUGGUUCCUUUAACCCAAGUGUGGAGUUCAAGGCCUUCUUUGAAAAAUAUUUGGAGUUCUAUCCAUCAUCUCUGACAGGAUCGUGGUGGAUCGAGGAGGGUUCCUGGCCAACGGCAGCGUCCAGUUCUCACCGUAUGUACCAAAAAGGCCUUUGUACCUUUGGACUCACCGGAGCAAGGGGUCAGGGAACACCUUGCCCACUUUUAUUUGCAGUUUGCCAAUGUGGGAUGUAAAACCUGAAUGGAAAUUUGGACAGAGAUGGAAAGCAAAACUAUUUCCCCCCUCCUCAGAUCUGAAAGCAUCACGUUCUAACCUGUUAAACCGCAGGCUCCUCCCGUCCGCUCCGAAACAUCACCUUGUUUUAAAGCCUUCUGGGGGGUAGGUGGGAAAAACAAAAAACAAGCAAGCCUUAUGUUUGCAGUGGUGUCAGUUUUACAGAUCCAUGUUGAUUGGGGAGUGCAGUUUUCAGCACAGAAAUCCUGGACAAAGCACAAUUUUUCCCGUGGCCCAAGGCCACGACGUCCCCGAGCCCUGACUGUGUGUUCCUGCCUUCACGCGACGUAGACUCCAACCAAGCUCUCACAUUUCCACACCAUCUCUGAUUUAGCUGUGUCCUCAUCACCAGAACAACCAGUUUGUUGCUCAUCUCCAGAAACUUCCCAAAAUCAGGACAGGCCUUUAACCACACCAAGCUCACAGGGUCAAGGCUACAGGACAAUCUCGAUGUCACUUUUGCUACCCAAAAGGUCUAAACGACACGUUCUGGCACAGGAAACCAAACCCAACCCCACAAACAGAACAAUCAUAAUCUGGAUUGUUGGCAUUUGCCAUAAUUUAGUAUUUUUUGUAACAGUCUUUGGAAAACCUCUCCACUAUUGCAGAAGGCACCAGGAAAUUUCUAGUCUGCAGCACGUGACGAAACCUGCUUGGAAAGGAGCUGGAAUUUUAAAUGCUGUUUAUUUACUAAGCUUCUCAGAUGGGUUUCCCAACUUAUUAUAAUUUAUAUCUCAAUCUAUUAAUUGUACUUGCUAAUUGAUACACACUUAGGGGAGAGAUGUGAAGCAGUUUUUUUUUCCUAAUAUUAUUUUGGUUUUCCUUUUUUAAAUGGCACUUUAAAUUUCGCUCUGACUUAUAAACUGCAGCAUUUUCCUUUAAGCGUUUGUUACCGUCAUUAAACUUGCAUCUAAAAUGA